AUGGUUCACCUAGCCCAAGUACGAAAGCCUCCAAGCAAGGACAGUGGGCAGACCGAGUUCGGAGCUCCCGGACGCCGGUCGUCUGUGGUGCCUGGCCUUGAGCACAUCUCUCUUGAACCUCCUGCGGAAGAUGAAUUCUCCACGUCCGUCUAUGGGUCGCGCUUCGCGGCCGAAGACCUUCCUGCACAUGAGAUGCCUGAAAAGGAGAUGCCGAAGGAGAUUGCAUACCGCAUGAUCAAAGACGAGCUCAGUCUCGAUGGUAACCCUAUGCUGAAUUUGGCAAGCUUUGUCACGACCUUCAUGGAAGAUGAAGCUGAGAAGCUCAUGGCCGAGGCCUUCUCCAAGAAUUUCAUCGACUACGAAGAAUACCCCCAAUCUGCCGAGAUCCAGAACCGUUGCGUUAACAUGAUCGCCCGUCUCUACAACGCCCCAGAGUCACAAGACGGGAAGAAUGCGAUGGGAACGUCCACUAUCGGCUCCAGUGAGGCAAUCAUGCUAGCUGUCCUGGCCAUGAAGAAGAGAUGGGCGAACAAGCGCAAAGCGGCAGGAAAAGAUUUCUCGAGACCCAACAUUGUCAUGAACAGUGCCGUCCAGGUGUGCUGGGAAAAGGCUGCCCGCUACUUCGACGUGGAGGAGAAAUAUGUCUACUGCACAGAAGACCGUUACGUCAUUGACCCGGAAGAGGCAGUCAACCUGGUCGACGAGAACACCAUCGGCAUUUGCACCAUUCUGGGCUUGACCUACACAGGCGAGUAUGAAGAUACCCAGAUGAUCAACGACUUGCUCGUGGAAAAGAACAUCGACUGCCCAAUCCAUGUCGAUGCAGCAUCAGGUGGCUUCGUAGCUCCUUUUGUCAACCCAAAUCUUGUCUGGGAUUUCCGCCUGGAGAAGGUCGUCAGUAUCAAUGUCUCGGGUCACAAAUACGGUCUUGUCUACCCUGGCGUGGGUUGGGUUAUCUGGAGAUCUCCAGACUUCCUCCCCAAGGAGCUCGUUUUCAACAUCAACUACCUGGGUGCCGACCAAGCUUCCUUCACACUGAACUUCAGCAAAGGUGCCAGUCAUGUCAUUGCUCAGUACUACCAGAUGAUCAGACUGGGAAAGAGAGGCUAUCGCAGCAUCAUGCUCAACCUCACCCGCACCUCCGACUACUUGGCUGCCCAACUCAGAGCCCUGGGCUUUAUCCUCAUGUCACCUGGUGGGGGUCGCUCCCUCCCGGUGGUUGCCUUCCGCCUGGAUCCUGAUAACGACCAGCUAUUCGACGAGUUUGCCAUUGCUCAUCAGCUUCGAGAGCGUGGUUGGGUCGUGCCUGCUUAUACCAUGGCCCCCCACAGCGAAGGCCUCAAGUUGAUGCGUGUGGUGGUCCGUGAAGACUUCAGCAAGCAACGCUGCGACGCUCUCGUAACUGACAUCAAGAUGGCGUUGCAGACGCUUGGUGAUAUGGACAAGAAGACCAUGGAGCGCUACACCGACCACGUCAAGAAAACUCACCACAGAACAGGCAAGGCCGGCAGCAAUAUGAAAAACUACAAGGAUGAAAAGCAUUCCCUGCAAGGCAAACACGGGAAGACUCAUGCUAUCUGUUAA